AUGCACAAUUAAAUUAUUCAUUCAAGCUUUGCAUUAUGUAAGACAGAUGAUGAAGAAUGUUUUGGAAGCAAGGCAUAAGAAAUAUUAAACGAAAAGAUGAAAAUAUUUGAAUUAGAUAAGAUUCCAUAUAUGGGUAUAUAACAGAAGAAGAAAACUUCAGAUAAAUAACGAAACAAAUCUCAAUAAUAUCAGGAUAAUUCUAAAGUUACAUAACCAUCCUCCUAUUCUUAAUAUAGAAUAUCAAAUAAAGAAAAUAAGGAAUAGAUCAUGAUCACAUAAAAUAGAGUUUCAAAGCAAAUAUUGGAAUCAAUUAAGAGAAAGUAAAGUGGAUAUGAACCCAAAUUGAUAGAUAUUCCAAUUGUUAGAGUAUCGAGAGAACAAGUAAUAAGUAGCAAAAUGGAAUCUCAAAAUAAUAUUUCUUUGAUUUUAAUGGAGAAGUAUUAUUAAGCUGCUAUGAAAUACGAAGAAAAGAAUUAAAGAUAAACUACUAAAGUAAAUCUAACAAAAAAUACUUCAAAAUUGAUAAUCAAUAAUUAAGCAGUUAAAAAUUUAUAGAGAAAAAUAAAAAAUAGUAGAAGAGAAUUAUCAAAAGAACUAAAUACCUCCACAAAGAAUCAAUAAACAAAAGAAUAAUUGAAUUCGGUUACACCAAUAGGAUCUAAUAAAUAUUUCGCACCUUUUAAGUCUAUUUUAAUUCGUGGAAAUUAUUCCACUGAGAGCUGA